CGAUAACUAUACUAACCUACGGGAAUUUAGCGAAACGCAUCAAUAUGGCUACCGAGAGGUGGCUCGUGCGCUCGCUUGCUAAUUAUUUAAGUAAUUUUGGGAAACGUGCGAGUGUAUGUUGAACACUUGUGCAAAAUGAACAUGUCAGUGGAGAAAAAGAAGUAUCCGUCAGCGCUGCCAACGAAUUGGCCGACCAGGGAAGAGGCCACGAGGAAAAGUCAAAAUCAAUUGUCAUCGACUGGAAAAGUUGACGUUUAUUAUUACAGUCGCGGUGUCAGAAACGACGCGUCGCUAGUGCCGCCAAUAAGGCAAACUGCAUCUAUAUUUAAACAACCAGUAACCAUUUACAAGACACAGGAAGGUAAAGUGAAGGACAUCAAGCACGGAAAUCAGGAAAAACCAAAACAGUUAUUUUGGGAGAAACGUUUGGAGGGUUUAAGGGCAUGUGAUCCAGAUGGAUUCGAAUUCGAUGCAAUGGACUUGCCAAAAAGCUUGAAGCCAGUCGGUCCGUAUAUUACGGAAGAGACGCUGCUUCAAAGUGUUGCAACCGCGUUGCACGUUUCCUCUCAACCAGUCACAGGACAAACGGGUUCGAAGACAGCUUUAGAGAAGAAUCCCGGGGCAGUGUCGAUAGCCGACGAAGACAUCAAGAGGCAAGAGGAUCGUGUCGCUCUCGCAAGAAAAAAGCUGCAAGAUGCUUUACGAGCAAUUCCUACAUAAGUUGUACAAUUCUAUUAGCUGUAUUUUAAUUCGUUCACCUAGUCCUAAGUUCGUUAUAAAUUAUGUCAUAUCGGUUUUUAUAAUAAACGUUUUGUAAAGAAAAA